ACCAACUCCGCGGAGCCUCCCGGCCGGCGCAGGGGCUCGGCCGCGGGACCCGCUCGGCUGCAGACCCGGCUCGCUCGCCGGGGCUGGAGAAUAACCUCAAGAGUCAGCCAUGACAGACACGAUGUUUGGCAACAGUACUGAUCGGUGGAUGUGUCCAAAUGACAGGCCGAUGUCCCUCAGAGCCAAUGAAAAGGAACAACUCCCUGCUGGAUGGUCGGUACGUGGAAACCAGCCAGAAAGGCAACAGAAAAAUGAAGAGCUGACAGAUGAAGAGAAGGAGAUCAUCAACCGAGUAAUAGCUCGAGCAGAGAAAAUGGAAGAAAUGGAGCAGGAGCGUAUUGGGCGUCUCAUGAACCGCUUAGAGGACAUGCGCAAGAAUGUGGCUGGCGAUGGGGUCAAUCGCUGCAUCCUGUGCGGAGAACAGCUGGGAUCAGCUUGUGUCGUGUGUGAGGACUGCAAAAAGAAUGUCUGCACAAAGUGUGGCGUUGAGGCGACCAACAGCCGCCCUCAUUCCAUCUGGUUGUGCAAGAUCUGCAGCGAGCAGAGAGAGGUGUGGAAGCGUUCGGGGGCAUGGUUUUUCAAGGGCAUGCCGAAGCAAGUGCUGCCUCAGCCAAUGCCCGUCAGCAAGAACAAGCCACCGCAAGCCCUCGGUGAACCUACCUCCUUGGAGCCACCUGCUCAGGACCUGAAACUUCACUCUCGCACACUGAGCGGAGGUGGCCCUGAGGAGAAGAGGGGAGUAGGCAGGAAACCAGUCAAAUCUCGCGACCCGAGCCAUGAUUCUGAACGUGGCUAUAGUUCUGAAGAAGAGAAUCCUGCUGCCUACAGGGGAAGGAAGGGGACAAGACAAAGGCCAGAAGCAGGCAGUGAACCAAAGGCUGCUGCUUCUGGCCGGGGAAGCUACCCACCUCCUAGCCGCAAACCGUCUGAGAUCAGAAUGGCUCCAAGUGGCAGCGAGUUUGCUGGCAGGGUUGCUGAGAACUGGGAGUACGCAGAGGAAAGUGAAGUCAACCGGAGCCCUGGAAGUGUAAAACGUGCCAAUUCCGUUCAAGCCUCCAGGCCUCCUCCAGCAACUAGUCAGAGCUCUGCUGCCCAGGCUACUCAGCCAGCUGCUCCAGUGGGUGGCAGACAAGAGCCUGGGCCCGCUGGGAGAUAUCCAGAAAGACAAGGUAAAGAAUCUCAAUGGGUCCCCAUCUACUCAGCAGCGCCCAGGGAUGAGAGAGGAGGUGGCGGUGGUUACUCGAUGCCUGCAGCCAGAGAGGAGAGAACUAUGCGCCAGCCUGCCCCAUAUGCGCAAGCUGCUGCUCCGCCUGUGCCACCUGCACGUCAACUCCUGCCGCCUCAGGAUGACGAAGAGGAUGAGGCCAACAGCUAUGAUUCUGAUGAAGCAACCACUCUGGGCGCUCUGGAGUUCAGUCUGCUCUACGACCAGGAGAAGAGCUCUUUGCACUGCACUCUCAUCAAAGCCAAAGGCUUAAAACCAAUGGACUCCAAUGGUUUAGCUGAUCCUUAUGUAAAGUUGCACCUAUUGCCAGGAGCCAGUAAGUCAAACAAAUUGAGGACCAAGACUCUGCGUAACACUCGCAACCCCAUAUGGAAUGAGACACUGGUGUAUCAUGGCAUUACGGAUGAAGAUAUGCAAAGGAAAACACUCAGGAUCUCAGUGUGCGAUGAAGACAAAUUUGGCCACAAUGAAUUUAUUGGUGAAACUCGAGUUUCUUUGAAGAAACUCAAAUCCAACCAGAAAAAGAACUUCAACAUCUGUUUGGAGAGAGUAAUACCGAUGAAGCGGGCUGGAACAACUGGCUCCUCUCGUGGGAUGGCGCUGUACGAAGAGGAGGUAGACCGCGGUGGUGAUGUGGAAGAACGAGGAAAGAUCCUUGUGUCCCUCAUGUACAGCACCCAGCAGGGAGGCCUGAUUGUUGGCAUUGUCCGUUGUGUCCAUUUAGCUGCCAUGGAUGCCAAUGGAUACUCGGAUCCUUUCGUUAAACUUUGGCUGAAACCUGACGUGGGGAAAAAGGCCAAGCAUAAGACGCAGAUUAAAAGGAAGACAUUGAAUCCCGAAUUUAAUGAGGAGUUUUUCUAUGACAUAAAACACAGCGAUCUGGCCAAGAAAUCACUGGACAUAUCGGUCUGGGAUUAUGAUAUUGGCAAAUCUAACGAUUAUAUCGGCGGAUGUCAGCUGGGCAUCACUGCCAAGGGGGAGCGUUUGAAACACUGGUACGAGUGUCUGAAGAAUAAGGAUAAGAAAAUUGAACGCUGGCACACUUUACAAAAUGAGAACCACGUUGCAAGUGAUUAAGGUCCCCAGCACAAGUCUCUCUGAAGUCCACGUCCUCUGCCAAGUCACAGUAGAUUUCCAGUGUCUGUCUUCCGAAGCCAAUGCUACAUGCCUUGUCUACAUCUCCUUGGAUCCCAGGAACGUUAUGCUGCCCCGUCUCCUUGACGCCAGCAUCCUCUGUUCACCAUUUUCAUCCCAAAGAGCAACCUGGAUCUCGUGUGUUCAAAUCCAUUUCUGACAGUGCAUCAUUCUGAUGUAUGAUUUUGUCAAGCAAUAGCCACACACUGAGGAUUUUCAUUUGUCUUCAUUUCUCACCGGUCUAACCUGCAUCAUAAUAUUGCUUCCUAUUCUAUUUGUUGAAGAUGUUUGUUCUUGAGGUGGUGUUUUACUUGGGUGCUCAUUGUUCUGUCCUCAUUAACCCACAUGCGUUUGUCUUUCUCUCUGCACGUCUCUUUCCAUUCCUCAUUUUUCUCUUCGCCAACUGAAAUACUUUUAACAUCAGUUCUGUCUGUUGGGAUGCACAGUCAUUAAACCUACCCUAUUAUUGUUUUCAGCAUGUGAUGGGGGAGCAGUUUGAAAGUUGGUAUCGCAGCACCGGACAGUUCAGUUCAUUUGAUAUCAAUACCUCAGUUGCAAUAAGCAAAAGGCUGUUUGUUCUGCUCUGGGUUUGGUUAUAAACAUAACUCAGUAACUGCAUUUCCACUGUUAUAAUCUGGAGAGCACUAGGUAUUUGGCUUCUUUUCCAAAGGGAACAUUUUUGCAGUAUAUAGAGCUAGCAGACAGGGUGGUAAAUAGUUGUGAGUUUUCACAGAAAGGACACUGAGUGUUAUGGCAUUUCAAUAAAUAACUGGAGAUAGAGAGCCACCACCUGCGUGCUCAUUUUGGAAACACCAGAUCUGAGUUUUGAUUUGUUUCAGACAAAAUUAAUUUUGGAACUAGGAACCUGCACAUGCUCUUACUCUAGGAAUCCUUCCUUGUCUUAGACUUGUGACCACCUCCCAUUCCACUGAAUAUGGCUACAUAACCUAGCAAAUAGCUGUAUUUUGGGGGCUGAAUUUGUUAAGCUCUCUUGAGACAGUGUUUUCUGUUUCAUAAUAAUUUCAUAGAUGUUCAUUUUACCACCUGCAGGUGGGAAAACAUUUCCUAAGGAGUUGACGUGUUUAAGUAUUUGUUUUCCUUUUAAAAUACAGCACUUAAUGAAAUUAUCUGGGACAGUUAGUGGUCUUCCAACUUCAGUUUUCUGGUGAGUUUCCUUUUAUUAUUGCACAAAAGAAAGAUUUGCUUCAAUCUGUGCUUAAUUUCUUGUUUGUGGCUAUUUUAUUUCAUGUCUACUAAAAGAGUCGACAAGCUCUUGAAUUGAUAUUGAUCUUUUUGAUACCAGUCUGAUCCAUCUGCUGUUUUGUACAACCUUCAAGCAUAGCAAUGUCAAGAUUAGUACAGUAAGUACUCCUGGAAUAUAUGGUCGCUCAGCUACAAACUUAGCAUGCUAAACAGAACCUAAAGACCUUGGUUCAGGCUCCUUGGUUCAUGACUCCUUUGCAGGCUGCUGCUCUCCUCUCUGCUAUGGUGGUGGUGUUGCGUGGUGUGUUCUGAACUGAGCUGUACCUCAGUGUCCUUUAAUUUUCUAUUUUGAUGAAUUAUUUUCUUAUUCUUGGCUUUUUUCAGUAGAAUUUAAUAGUGCUAGUCAUGUGCAAUGAACAUCUUUAUAAAGCUUUAACUUCACAGACAGAGGGGAAAAUCCAACCCUCUCUCCUGCAUGAAGAUUUCAAUGGGCUGUCACUGUACUGUAUUCCUGUGAUGUGCUUUUAUACAGAAGAAACUAUAGGCUAGUAAUUCUCCUACCUGGAGUCCUUCGCUUUCUUUAUCCGCCGUUUCUUUUAGAGCCUUGAGACCCUGGGGGCAAUCCCUGCAAGUGAAGGAAGUGCAUUGCUCAACUGAAUAACCUCACUCCUAGCGCAUCACCAGAUCGUGGGCCCUGCGCAUCUCUCCUGAGCUGCUAUUUUAGUUUGUGGAUUGUUUCUUGUCCUCUUAUGCAGUGUGAUUCUUUCACGCUCAUAGAACAUAGAUGUAUAGCAUUACAGGGAGUGCUGGCUCCUGUGGUCAUUUAAAUAUCAAUGUGAUAAAACUGAGAUGAGUUCUCUCUCCCUCCCUCCAAGGUGACUAAAGCUCAAUAUUGUUUGCAUUGUUCUGAGUAAAACCAACAAAGGCUUUCUGCACCCUCAGACACCCGUGCACACAACACUGCAGGAUGCUGUUGCUCUGGGCCAAACCACAGCAGGGGACUGUUGCACCAUCGAUUUGAUAAGGGAUCACAUCCAGACUUGGUGCAUGUCCCCUCCCCUCUUUCAACAGGCAGGUGGCAAUGCUAAUGUUCAUGGUGCCUUCUUUUGAUUCCCCUUCCCCCUCUGACUGCCCCUUCUCCCCAGCUGUGAUUUCAGAGGGCCAGUCUUUUCUCUGCCUUAGAGUGGGUGGGUCCGUGCUGCAGGCAUUUUAUGGUUCAUUCGGGUCAACCCAGAGUGUUGGAGUUGGGCCCAUGAUGUGAAGGUCACAUCCUGACCUUUCCCAAGGCUGCGGGACUCAGAACUGGGUUUUCAGCUAAGGAACCUGCAUGUCUAUUCAGCCCUUCUUCCCUUUUCAGGAUGGUGGUGCCAUCUGCCCCCUGAGGUGACUGGUGUACUGAACAGGGCAUACAGGCUGGGGCCAGCCUCUCUGAGCUGAAUCUGCCUGGACACUUGUGUGAGGGAGGGUCCACUGAAAUGUAUAGGAGCCCUGCUAACUUCUUUUCCUCAGAUUUCUCUCUGGCACUGCACCAAAGGAAACCAGGCCAUUCCUAGUGGGAAUGAAUCCUGUCCUCUUCUCAAUCAAAUCUCCUGCCACUCACAUCUAGGGGGAGCUGUGCCCAUACUCAGACAUUGAGGAUUAUCCGUGUCCUUUGAUGUCAAUGGAAAGACUCCCAGCGACCUCACUGGGUAUCGAAUCGGCUGCCCUGUGUAUUUGGUAACUACCCCAUGGAAAUUCCUGGAUGCCACGUUCUCUGCCCGUGCUGGGCGCAGGAGACGGCAGCCUGUCAGUUCCUGGCUGCAGGGUUUCUUCCCAGAUGUAGUGCAGGACUUUCCUUUGUCCAGUGUAAAAACAAACUACGGCUCAUAAUGCAAUGGCAGAGCAGCCUUCCAGCUGUGCACCUUUCUGCAGAGUGGACAGCCAGGCUGUUUCAGGCAGGCAAGGUUCGUUCUCCUGUUUUGCUGCGGGUAGUCACCUUGACCAGGCUUUGCAAGAUAUAGGAAAACAGAAGGGAUAGUGUCUUGCUCCAGAGCUUCUCCUCAACAGUCCUUACGGGCUCUUUGUUCAUUCUGGAGAGCUCGGUUUUCAGGGCUUCUUGUUGAAGCCCCAGCUCUUUUGCCUGGAAACUUGUGCCUUGAGCCAAAAACCACUCGAACCACCUGCAAAGGUUCCUUCUGGACAAGGGGCCCAGCUUCUUGUAGACACCUGCAUCAGCCCCUUUGGGGAGGAGUGGAGGGUGGAAAGCCCUCCUUAACUCGGUAAUGGAGGAACCUGACUUUACCCUGGGGUUUACAGUUAAACAGCUGGACUGGUUUACUAUGACCAAAAUGUCUCAGGCUAGAACAGUGCAAGGUUGAACCCUCCUUUGGGAGCAGACAGACUUCCACAGGAAAGUGUCCCACGGUCAUUAAAGCACACACCCGAUGCCGGGGUGGCCAGUAAAAGGCAAGACCGCAGUGUAGAGAAGAUUUGCAAGGCAGCAUAGGGAAAUGCGCACAAUCUUUCGCCAGAUGGGACACCUUUUGCAGAUGCGCUUCUGAUUGUACAAUCCAAAUGUCUGGGGAAUGCGAUCACAUUUCUAUCAGCCUCUUCUGCUUGACCAAGCAAUGAUGAUUAUUCAGGGCCCGUCAGUUCUGGUUUGAAGGGAUGGAGACAAGGGAAUUUUUCUCUACAUUGGUACGUUUAUUUUCGGCAUCUUAGAUACAAUGCCCCACACUGAGACACCCUUCCUAAUUUAUUUCAGAGCAAUCUGACGGGGGUCGGGAGUUCAGUACAGUAAUCUCUCCACCCUCUUCCUUUCCCUGGGUUAGACUCACUCUUCGGUGUGCAUCUAUAUUGCUGCUUUCUCAACUCCUUUUGAACACGUGAGGUGGGUUCAGAAGUCAAAGCUGCUCUAAGGACAGAGGAAUCCAGGAAGGCAGCCCCUGAUCUCCAGUGAAGUCUGGGUUGUGAAUGGCCAUUCAUUGCAAGUAACUGGAAUUCUGAGUAACUCCAAGCUGCUGCCGCUGUGAUGCAGAAUAGAAACCCUCAAGUCUGAGAGCCUCUUUCAGCCAGUGGGAUCAGUUAAAAGCAGAGGGCCUGAUUCUUUGCUGUUCUGCACCCCGUGUCCUCAUCUACACCGUGCUAAGAGGGCAUAAAAC